AUGUAUUUACCUGUGGUGUGGUUAGUGUUCGCGUUUGCAGCGGAUCUCCUUGGUGUGUACGAGCUCUCCACGAUGUCGACAGCACCUCUCGAGGUUGCCGAAGAGGCACUCGAAAAGAAGGUCGAAACGAUGAAGAUCGUCGAUGGGAACAAUAUGGAGGUCAGGAAGGAAACCACCGACGGCAAGAACGAACGUCGCGAGCGUAAGUUCGCUCGUAUGACGGAUGAGGAACGCCGCCGUGUUUGGGAGGAGGAACAAAAAACGAAGAAGGUUGUAGAAACCGGGCUCAAAGGUCGUGUGAAGUGGUACUCUGUGCUUGGUCACUACGGCUUCAUUUCCCGUGCUGAUGGUAAACCGGAUAUUUUUGUCCAUCAGAGCGCGAUCGCAAAGUCACAAACGGAGAAAUUCUACUUACGCACAUUGGCGGAUGAGGAAGAAGUCGAAUUUGACAUCGUGGAAGGUCGUAAGGGCCCUGAAGCCUCAAAUGUAACAGGACCGAAUGGCGGAAAUGUGAAAGGCUCCAAAUACCAGCGAGUGCUUCUGUAUCGUUUCCGCCCCACCCGACGUCAUGUACCGCGCGAAGUCGACGGUGAGAAAAAAACCGAUAGUGAAAAUCAGGCCAAUGGACAAUCUGACGUCGACAUGAAAAAGACAACCUGUACGAGAAAGAAUGGACGUCGUUUCCGCGCACGUCGUAUUCGUCAACAGCUAGCAGGAGAACGUAAAGAAGACAACCACAUUUCAAAUGAAGGCGAAGAGCCAGUUAAAAUUGAAGAGGCUGGCACCACAUUGGUGAAAUCAGGUUUCCGCCGUCGUGGCAACUACUACAAUCGUCGGUUCCGUGCACAAAAUAAGAACGCACACAAAAAUGAGGGUACCCAAGAAGUGGAUAAUACGGGUACCACAGCGGUAAAAAUCGAAAGUGUAAAUGAUGAAGAACUGAAAGCUGGUGUGCGACGCCGUGCCGAAUCGAACGAGAGCGCAAAAGAUGCCCAAAUGGCAUGCGAAAGGAACAACUUGGGUGGUGGAGAUACAAGUGCAGCAAUGAGUAAUGCAAUUUGA